CGAUGUGCCGCAUCCUGGGCUAUGAGGGAGUGAGCGUGAUGGAUGUGGUGGGCCCCGGCGUCACCGUGUUCAAGUCGGGCGACCGCAGUGCUGAUCUCAUGCAUUACCGCCUGCAGUGCCUACAACUAUUGCGGCCGGGGUAUAUAUUCCCACUACCGCACCGGCGGCUGGAUACUGGGCAACGUCAUCGAUGGAGGCGGAAUAUGUCCGCAUCCCCCACGCCGCCACCAGCCAGCCUGUAUCCCAUCUCCGAGGGCGCGGACGCACGGCUCGACCGUAGCCAUCGUAGACUCCGGUCCCUGUCGGCCUGGCAAUCACUCUGGAUGACCCUCCUCCCCCGAAUCUCCGUCGCAGCAGCAACCAUGGGCGCCGCACCGCCCGACGAGAAAACCAUCGGCCUGGGCCGCUCACCCAGCGGCAGUGCCUCCUCCGACAUCCAGGCCGGCGGCGUCAUCUCCAACGACGGCGGCGCGGCCAUAGUCACCCAGUACGGCGAGACCAAGCGCGGCCUGAGUCCCCGCCACGCCCAGCUCAUGGCCAUCGGCGGCUCGAUUGGAACGGGACUCUACCACGAUCUUUAACCAGCUGCCCAAACAUGCAUCGGGG